AUGCAGUCGUGCGGAGGCGCCGCGGCGGGACGCCGAGCCUUCGACAGCAUCUGCCCCAACCGGAUGCUGGAGCUGCGGGGCCGGCCUUUCGUCAAGCCCGGGAAGCUGGAGAGGAAGUUCGCCCCUCCGCGGAAGUUCUUCCCUGGUUGCAGCGGAAGCAGCCCAGUGUCGGUGUACGAAGAUCCCCCGGACGCGGAGCCCGCUGCGCUGCCAGCGCUCACCACCAUAGACCUGCAGGACCUCGCGGACUGCUCCUCGCUACUCGGGUCCGACGCGCCGCCUAGUGGUGACUUGACCGCCUCGCAGAACCAUUCUCUGCAAACUGCAGCGGACUUCGAUCUGCAGGAUUUCAGAGACACAGUGGAUGAUCUCAUUGCAGACUCAUCCUCUUUGAUGUCGCCUCCUCUGGCCGGCGGAGACUUCCCCUUCUCUCCUUGCGACGUAUUGCCAUUUGGGCCCUGUCUCUCUCCGCCGCUGGACCCAAGGGCCCUGCAGUCACCGCCGCCGCGCCCUCCGGACGUGCCCCCGCCGGAGCAGUACUGGAAGGAGGUGGCCGACCAGAACCAGAGGGCACUGGGGGACGCGCUCGUUGAGAAUAACCAACUGCACGUGACGCUGACCCAGAAACAGGAGGAGAUCGCCUCGCUCAAAGAGCGGAACGUUCAACUGAAGGAACUUGCCAGUCGGACCCGGCACCUGGCCUCGGUGCUGGAUAAGCUGAUGAUCACACAGUCCCGGGAUUGCGGAACGACAGCCGAGCCCUUCCUGCUCAAGGCGACAGCCAAAAGGAGCCUGGAAGAGUUGUUCAGUGCUACCGGGCAGGAUUGCGCGGAAGUGGACGCCAUCCUGAGGGAGAUUUCCGAGCGCUGCGAUGAAGCGCUGCAGAGCCGCGACCCCAAGCGGCUGCGGCUACAGCCGGAGCCCGCGAGCAAGGCAGGCAUGCCGGGGAACCUGCACGGCACCUUCCGGGGGCUGCGCACAGACUGCAGCGGGAGCGCGCUGAACUUGAGCCACAGUGAGCUGGAAGAGGGCGGCUCCUUCAGCACCCCCAUCCGCAGCCAUAGCACCAUCCGCACCCUCGCUUUCCCCCAGGGCAAUGCCUUCACCAUUAGGACAGCCAACGGGGGGUACAAAUUCCGCUGGGUCCCCAGUUGAGCUAGGAUGUGGUGCCCCCAAACACUGCCUUGUAUCCGGACUGAAGCGCCUGGAGGCU